AUGGAUCAAAACAACAAAAUCAUGCAGUCGAAAGAAGCUCGCUCCAAGAGAGCUGUUAUUCCUGAUACCCCAUUGGAACAUAACUGCUUCAUGUGUAGUCGGUCGGACGAUGUUGCCAAUCUGGUAGGCUGCGGCAAAUGUGAAAAUUGGGCUCAUUAUGAUUGCGCGGGGGUCUCAUCUUCAGUAGAGGCCACUGAGGUAUCGUGGGAAUGUGCAGCAUGCCGUGCAAAUACGGUUGAAGCUGCUUUGUCCACAACAUCAAAGGCUGUAUCAAGAUCCAGUAGACGAUCGUCACGAAUCCAAGAAAAUCUACAAAUGCUAGAAGAGGAAAAGGAUAUAGAAUUGAAAGCACUAGAGAAAGAAGAGGAAGACCGGCAGGAAUUCCGUAAGAAGCGAUUGGAAAUAGAAAAGGAAUUUCUAAAACAGAAAUACGAUGUCCAGCGAGAGGGUUCGAAAGGUAACAGGAGUGAACGAAGCAAAGCUAGCAGCAGGAAUAGUAGGCAUAUUGUAGAAAAUUGGUUGGCGAAGGAACCGGUAGGUGCACAACCGGAAAGGGUCGCUGCAUGGGAGUUUCCGCCGCAAUUAUCAAACACAGAGCCAUCCGUGUCAGUAGCUAGAGCAAUCUCUUCGAUCUCCCUUAGUAGUCCCCCGAAUGUGCCUUUAGUUCCGAAAUCUGCAUCCACGCCGUAUGCUGGACAAGGUCUGCCGUUGCUAAAUCCCGUAGUUCUUCCGGAUAUUCGAAUACCACAGUUAACGGUUGUAAGUCCAACAGGAUCACGUUUAGUACCGCGAGUUAGCGUACCAGAAACAUUUUCCCAAAAACCACCUUGGGCAGCGCCCACUAGGACAGCUGUGGAUCGCCGAGAGGACCUUAGUGAUCGACUUUUAGUACCAUCAUCGUUCUGUAUAUCGUCUGACAGUUCAGCAAUGCGAUGCUUUGCUAACUCGCUAAGUGACAGAAGACCACUUUCUACAAUCUCGGAAGAAACAUUCGGACAUAAUAUAAGUAUUCCACCGCCAAACUUCCAGCAACAAACAAUUGGUCCUAUGUCAUCGUAUGAAUCAGGAGACAAUCCAACCUGCCAAAGCUAUGGAUCAUCUGUGGCAUACUCGGUAAUCCCAAACUGUACCGAUAUGACCUUUAUGCAGGGUCCUAUUACAAUAUCCGAAGGAGUGGCUAAUCCUUAUGCCGCUGCCAUGCGCAAUCCCCCCAAAGUUACUUGGGUUGUGGACCCCUUAUCUUCCGUGCCAAUUACAACAAUUGCCUCAAGUUUACUGCCAACGGGGCAAGAAGUACAAGGUUCGCUCCCUCCAUAUACAAUUUCUCCACCGUUGCAAAAUAACUGGGCGUUACCUGUUGAGCCACAGAAAGUUCCGACACAGACAAGGUUGAAUAAUCAAGGUCCACUUCCCCAUUCACCGGUGAUAACAAGGGAAGAUUUUACCGGUCCGUCAAAUAAACAACUGGCAGCACGUCAAGUAAUACAACGAGAGCUUCCCAAUUUCUCGGGACAUCCGCAGGAUUGGCCCUUAUUUUAUUGGUCUUUCAAGAACAGCUCCGACUCAUGUGGAUUUACACAUGAGGAAAAUUUAGCAAGACUUCAACGCUGCCUGAAAGGUCAGGCCUUGGACGCGGUCAAGAGUAAACUACAAUUCCCAGCAGCAGUUCCCGAAAUUAUACAAACUCUAAAAAUGCUUUUUGGGCAACCGGAGAUUUUGCUGUACACAAUGCUACAACAACUUCGCGCUUUACCGCCACCCAAACAUGAAAACUUACAAUCGAUUAUAACAUUUGGCCUGGCGGUGAAAAAUGCGGUAGAUUACUUGACAACUGCUCAAUUGAGAGAACAUUUAUUUGAUUCAACGUUGCUGAUAGAACUCGUUGAAAAACUCCCAACACAGCUGCAAAUAGAAUGGUCACGUUUCAAGCGACAGAAUACGGUGGUCAACCUAGAAACCUUCAGCACCUUUAUGACUGAACUAGUUGUCGUCACAGCGGACGUGGUUCUACCGAAAAAAGCUGCUCUUAACUCCGAAAAAUCUGGAAAAUCUGUUCGUGAGAAACAAAGAAUUAAUGUACAUGUGGAAGAUCGAGAAUCCGAGGAUGUGUCAGACUCCAGACCAGCAAUAAACAAGCUUUGCGUUUAUUGUUCCAAUCCUAAUCACGAGGUGGCAAACUGCAGUCAAUUUAAAGCUCUCGAUCUGAAUGGGAGGUUUACAGUUGUCAAGCAGAAGGGAAUGUGCAGAAUUUGUCUCAUACCCCACAGAAGAUGGCCUUGUCGUUCUACCAGAGAGUGUGGCAUUGAGGGUUGUAGAGUACGACACCAUAGUUUACUGCACCCAGGAACCCCUAGUAGCCCCAGUAAUCCUAAUGCCCCAGAAACCCAGGUUCAAAGAGAAACUGCAUAUCACAACCAUCAUUCUAUAACUUCGUGUGCUCUCUUCCGAUAUCUGCCGGUUGAGAUACACUAUGGUGAGGAGAAAAUAGAAACAUACGCCUUCCUGGACGAUGGAUCGUCAGCCACCAUGAUUGAAUCUUGGAUUCCUGAUAAACUUGGUGUCACCGGGAAAGUAGAUCCGCUUUGGUUAUCGUGGACUGGAGAUAUAUCUCGCGAAGAAAAGAAGUCGGAGCGAAUUUCCUUGUGGAUUUCCGCCCAGGGAUCAGACAAAAUGUUUAAAAUGGACAACGUGAGGACAGUACCAGAAUUGAAACUUCCGGAACAAUCGUUCGAUUAUCAAACCGUACAGAAAUCGUAUUCUCAUCUCAAAGGACUUCCUUUGCGCAGCUAUUCCAGUGCUUCUCCUGGGAUUAUUGUUGGAAUUGAUCAAGUUCGACUGUUGGCACCCUUGGCCACCAGAGAAGGUCGUAACAACGAGUUAGUCGCUGUAAAAACUCGUUUGGGCUGGAGCGUUUAUGGCAAACAGUUGAGUACCCCGGACCAGGUAGAGCGUCUGCAUGUUCAUAUUGACCAGCAUACAUCGAACCAAGAACUGCACGGAAUGAUUGGUCAGUUUUUCGGGAUAGAAGAAUCUCUGAUUGUAAAACGAUCGGAUAAUAGCGUAGAAAAUGGGGCUUUGAAAACGCUGAAGGAAACAACGAGGCGCAUAGGCAACCGGUUUGAAACAGGUUUAUUGUGGAAAUACCAAUAUCGUAGUUUUCCCAAUUCCUUUGCUACUGCAGUACGCAGAGAAAUAAGUUUGCAUAAAAAAAUGGAGAAGGAUCCCCAGUUAUAUAAAAUUGUAAAAGAUCAAAUUAAAAACUAUCUGGACCAAGGAUAUGCCCAUAAAAUAACCAACCAAGAACUGACUGAAACUCGCCCCGAUCAGGUUUGGUAUUUACCGCUUGGUGUAGUGCGUAACCCCAAAAAACCGGAAAAGAUUCGUUUAGUAUGGGACGCAGCUGCGAAGUCUAAUGGCGUUUCGCUGAACGAUAUGUUGAAUAAGGGACCUGAUAUGCUAACUUCUCUCACCGCCAUUUUACUACGAUUUCGAGAAAAAAACAUUGCUAUCUGCGGCGACGUUAAAGAGAUGUUUCAUCAGGUAAAUAUCAGAACUGAAGACAGGCAGGCGCAACGUUUCCUUUUCCGUGAACAGCCAGAUCAGCAACCUCAAAUUUAUGUCAUGGAUGUAGCUACAUUUGGUGCGUCUUGCUCACCAUGUGUAGCUCAAUAUAUUAAAAAUUUGAACGCCCAGGAACAUGCUACACAAUUCCCACAAGCCUCUGCUGCAAUAAUUGAGCGAACUUAUGUCGAUGACUACCUAGACUGCGUGGAUACUCCAGAGGAAGCAGUUGCUCGGAUUAAUGAAGUAAGAUAUGUGCAUUCGUUGGGAGGGUUUGAGAUUCGCAAUUUCGUCUCAAACUCGACUGAAGUUCUGGAUAAAAUCGGUGCCGCAUCUGUACAAAAAGACAUUUCUCUGAAAUUUGAACCAGGUCUAGAAGAAUCCAAACAAGUUGAGCGUAUUCUAGGAAUGAUGUGGAAACCUCAUUCCGACACCUUCACUUUCAGUACUCUCAUGCAACCAGCGUUUGAACGAGUUUUAAAUGGCAGUAAAGUGCCAACAAAGCGCCAAAUUUUAAGCCUAGUUAUGAGUUUAUUUGACCCUCUGGGCCUUGUCGCACACUAUAUAGUGCAUGGUAAAAUACUGAUGCAAGAAUUGUGGAAAUUUGGAGCUGAAUGGGAUGAUGUCCUUCCUGAUGAGUUGACGGAAUCCUGGAACAGAUGGAAAGAUUUACUGCCAAGGCUGAAGGAAGUUAGCGUACCACGUUGUUUUUUCCCUGGAUUAAGUAGUUCGGCGCUCGAUGGGCUUCAAUUACAUGUGCUUGUUGAUGCUAGCGAGUCCGCAUUCGCAUGUGUAGCAUACUUGCGUAUAGUGGAAAAUAAUACUCCCAGUUGUGCUUUGGUUUCGGCGAAGACGAAGGUAGCUCCCCUCAAACCAAUAUCUAUGCCCCGCUCAGAGCUACAAGCAGCGUUGAUGGGAGCACGUCUGAUUGAGAAUGUAUCCGAAACACUGAAACUUCCAAUUGGUCGUAGAUAUUUGUGGACUGAUUCCCUCACGGUUCUUUCAUGGCUUCGAUCCGACAGUCGUCGUUAUCACCAAUUUGUUGCCUACCGCGUGGGAGAAAUUUUAACAAAAACAACACUUUCGGAGUGGAGAUAUGUACCCUCUAAACAAAAUGUUGCUGAUGACGCAACCAAAUGGGGAAACGGACCUAGCUUUUGCCCAUCUAAUCGUUGGUUCACUGGUCCCGAGUUUCUUCAACAGUCGGAGAACUUGUGGCCAGCAGACCGAAAAACAAACUCGCAACCGGAAGAAGAACUUAGAGCUGCGUUUCUACACCAUAACGAACUGCCCAGUGCUCUCAUCGAAAUAACACGCUUUUCUCGAUGGGACAGAUUGAUUCGCGCAACAUCCUGUUUUCUUCGUGCGGCGCAAAGAUUCAAAAAGGAAAUUAAAACUGGUCCUUACACAUCGGAAGAGAUGCAGCGAGCGGAGAUCUUUUUGAUCACUCAAGUUCAGACUGAAGUGUACCCAGCAGAAUAUCGUCUCCUGAAAAAAAAUCUCAAAAAUACGGAAAUCUGCUUGGUAUCCAAAUCCAGUGUUUUGUAUCAACUGUCUCCGUUUAUGGACGAUCUCGGUGUAAUACGAAUGGAUAGUCGAAUUGGAGCGGCUUCCCAUCCAUUAAUUGAAACCAAAAACCCCAUCAUCCUACCGAAGAAUCAUCAUUUCACCGAUCUUCUCAUUUACCACUAUCACCAACGAUUUCUUCAUCGUAACAACGAAACAGUCUGCAACGAAAUUCAUCAACGUUUCAGGAUCCAAAACUUACGUGUCUCUGUGCGAAGAGUAGCAAAGUCUUGUAAGUUAUGUCAAAUCAGGAAUGCUCGACCACGGCCUCCGAGAAUGGCUCCUCUGCCAACCGUUCGGACUACGCCCUACAUUAAACCUUUCACUCACACUGGAGUGGAUUACUUUGGACCACUCAUGGUUAAACAAGGUCGAAGCCUCGUUAAGCGAUGGGUGUCGCUUUUUACCUGUUUAACAAUUCGGGCAGUCCAUAUAGAAAUUGUGCACAGUUUGUCGGCUAGCUCUUGCAUACUAGCUAUUCGGAGGUUCAUUGCGCGUCGUGGAUCACCAUCUUCCUUCUAUACCGACAACGGGACGAAUUUUAAAGGUGCGUUCAACAUCCUACGGCAGCAGAUACAAAACAUAAAUGAAGAAUGUGCUACUAGCUUCACAAAUGCCUAUACACAAUGGCAUUUCAACCCUCCACUAACGCCGCAUAUGGGAGGCUGCUGGGAGAGAAUGGUGCGGUCGAUCAAGGAGGCAAUGCAGGCCGUUGGUGAUCAUACGCAACAUCCAAGUGACGAGGUAUUGGAAACGGUAGGUUUAGAAGCCGAAGCAAUAGUAAAUUCGCGCCCCUUAACGUACGUUCCUCUGGAUAAUUUCGAUGCAGAAGCUCUUACUCCUAACCACUUUCUGAUGUACAGUGAACAAGGAAUUACGCAACCAGCCCGCUUGACACAAGUUGACACACACAUAUUACGCGACAGUUGGCGUCUUGCGCAAACAUUGGUUGAUAUUUUUUGGGCAAGAUGGAUUAAGGAGUAUUUGCCUUCCAUUGCACGACGUACCAAAUGGUUUGAUCCUGUGAAACCACUAGAAGAAGGUGACGUAGUUAUAGUAAUAAAUGAAGGUCGUCGGAAUGGAUGGGAACGUGGACGCAUUUUGGAGGUUGUCAAAGCAGCUGAUGGACAAGUCCGACAGGUCGUUAUUCGAACUGCCACCGGAGUUUGUCGCAGACCAGCCACUAAAGUAGCACUUCUGGAUGUUCGUAGCAAGGAGUUAUGUCAGGAGCAGAUGUCGACGGAUCUACACGGGGAGGAGGAUGUUGUGGAGCCCACUGUGACUGAUCAGUAG